AUGAAGAAAAUAUUUUAUAACGGCUCUGUACUCCCAGGUAUACCCUCUCGUGAACUACUGGUAAAGGAACUAGCACGUUUGAAAAAGAAACUGACUUCUGGUAAAGGUGGAUUGAGUAACGGUAGCCCUUUACUUUUUAUGCCGAUUGACAUAGAAGAUAGGGACGAAGGCCCUAAGAAUGAAAAACAGUAUGUCUUAAGAAUGUAUGGCCCCCUAGAAGAUGGCACCAAAGUGUGUGUCAAAGUGACGGGGAUACUCCCGUAUUUUGACAUCAGAGUCCCCGACGAUGAAGAAAAUCACGUAGGAUGCUUAAACCAAAUAAUAGAGCUAUUCCUGGCCAAAGCACGAGUAUAUGGGAAAGAAGACAGGACAGAACAAAUUUUUGCGCAUCCUAUUCGUGGCUACCAUACUAGCCCAAAACCGUAUAUAAGAGUGUACACCAAAACACUUGGACUGAGAAUGCGGGCCAUGGGUCUGCUAAAAGAAUUAUCGCUAAAAGAGAUUCACGAAAUGCAAAAAACCUUAGAAACCCAAGGGAAUGCAGAAGAGUUAAUAGAAUCUAUCCUAAAUGGGAUCAAAGCCUCGAUUGCAAAACAAAACAAACACCGUGCCUCAAGUUUAUUUUCGAGACUGUCACCAGAGGCGCUGAAGAAACUCAGAAAAGAAUUAGGCCCUAAACUGGAGUUAGCUUCAGACGAUUCAAGGUACUACAGAAAGGUAGCACGGGAAAAUAAGCUGCCCAUUGCCGGGUGGGUGAUUAUAGAAAAAUACGAGAAUGUCAAAAAAGGGUUAUCCAAUAUCCAAAGCGAAUCAGUAUUGACCCGUUGUAGGUACUUGCUGAAAGCCCCCCUUGCUAGUAUAAAAGCGGCUCCAGAGAGUAAUACGGUUGAACUGACUGAUCCUACGCUUAUUUUCACUUGGGAUAUAGAAACCUACACCCCUCGAGGAAGGGGGCAUUUACCUACUGCGGUCUAUCCAGAGGACAGAAUCUUUAUGAUAGGGAUCACUGUCCACUGGAAAGAUGACCCAACUCCUGUGAGACAACUAUGCAUAACUACCAUGCGAGGGAUACCCGCAGAUGACCAUUGGACAACCAUAAUAUGCGACAACGAAAAAAAUCUCCUUCGUGCAUUUGCACUGUGCUGGGAAGAGUUAGCCCCAGAUAUCCAAUUAGGAUUCAACGACUCGUGCUAUGACUGGAAAACCAACGAUGACAUUGAGUUGUGGGUACAAACUAUGGACCAUGCUGGUGACGAACGGGUCAGCAAGAUACACAACGAUGAGGAAGAAAUAAAAAUAAGCCCAGAAGAGACUUUUAGGUCCUCUUUUCUAAAGAUCCCAGGGUGUAUCCUAUUGGACCUCUGCGGUCUCCCGAGUAAAACAGAUAUGCCCAUUAAUCGCAUGUGGCAAUUGUAUGAAGAGGCCGUGAACGCCACAACUCCCAUCGAAGAAAUGAGAAAAGUCGCCGAGUACUGUAUUACAGAUGCACUUCGUUGCCAGCAGCUGAUGUUACACCACAACGUAGUAGGCGACUAUCGUGAAGUUGCUAUUAUCUCUGCUGCUAGACUUGCUGACGCAACGGAAAUGAUUGAAAGACACGUUCCUUCUCGUCAAAAAGGCGAAGGAGUCCCUGGAGAGCAUAAUCGCCCGAGUAGAAAAUGGGGAUGUGACCCCCAUCCAGGCUUGCGAUGCGGGGUCACUGCGGCAGGACAAGAACACAUAAAAUCUGUGGCCCAGUUUCUCAAAGAUAAAAAGUACCGCAUUAAGUAUGGCGACACUGACUCCCUCUACAUUGUCAGCCCAGAGGAAUCCUAUGAUAAUUGCGAUAAGGAUUUUACUGAGGGCCGCAUUUCUCUGAAAGAGUAUUGGACGGAAAUGGUCAGGGUCACUAUGCGUAUUAUGCCCCCUUUGUGCAAAGAGAUUAAUGCGUUCAUCCAAGAAACUAACCAAACCUCCUUUCUCAAAAUGGCAUACGAAGAAGUACUAUUCCCUGCGGUAUUUCUCGCAAAAAAGAAGUACUUUGGCAUCGCCCACGUGGAAAUCCCUAACUUCAGCCCCAAGGAGUUAUUUGUCAAGGGGGUGGACAUCGUAAAACAAGGGCAAUCUGAGCUUUUUAGGGAUAUAGGCAACCGCAUAAUGUGGGCAGCCGUUUCUGUCCCAGAGUCUACUACACAGAAAAAAACUCUUUUGCAUAUAGUGGAGGACGUCCUCAAAGAUGCGAUAGAGCAUACCUCCCCUACAGACCAUGAGCGUUUUGUCCAAACUAGUACAUACAAAAAACACAAGGACAAUAAGUCUGUAAAACAAUUUAUUGAGCGCAUGAAAGCUCGCCGCCUUAGCGCUUCUGCCGAAAACGAAGGAAAUGAUUCUGACUUACCUAGUGAAACCUUUCUCUAUGAAAUUCCCGAGUCUGGGGACCGUUUUCAGUAUGUUAUUACUAAGCCUCAGUUUCAACCUCAGAUUGGUGGUACCUCUUCUCCAAAUUUUAGCGAAAAACAAGUUGAUGAGUAUUCACAGAAAGCCGCAAAAAAAUAUCUGGAGGACUAUAUUAAGGGCCUUACUCAGAAUUCUUUGAGCUCCUUAACUCGUAAACGUAUGUACACCUAUAUAUACGAAAAUUCUAUGCGAGAGGCACGCCUUACCCUUUUUGAGAAAUUUGGCAUUGUGGUCGCUGACACUCUGCAUAGGCCCUGGCUUAACUUUGGAAAUAUCGUUACCGAGGAUUACACCAGUGAAGAAAAGUGUCGACAAAAUAUCACAUCUUUGACCGAUGCAUUUGUGCAGUCCCUAUGCUCUAAAAUUCCAGAAGACUGGAACAAGAGUGUUAUUUAUUCUGCGGGCCUUGUCGUGGACCCUUUUACCGGAAAAACUAUCUGUGGCCAUACGGACCCUGUUGUUUGA